AUUUGUGCACGUGGUCGCGCCCCGUUUUAAUUUUUCGAACUGCGACAAUGGGUGGAUUCACUGUAAUCGCAGUCGCCAUUGUAGCCAUCGUUGUUGGCGUUGUUGGAUGGGCUUUUGCACCCAAAGGGCCACAGCAGACACUAAUACGAAGUAGUAUUCUGCUCGCAUUAACGUGCUGUUACUUGAUGUGGGCUAUAACAUAUCUUGCCCAACUACAUCCCUUGAUACAACCGAAGCGGAAUGAUGUGCGGCUGGAGCAUUAGGUCUCCCACAAGUACACUGCAUUCGGUCCCCUCACACGAGUAAACACAGAAGGCUCGCCGUUAUUUUUAUUGCACUUGUCUUUUUGA